AUGGACGACGUGAAGAAGACUCCUCAGACUGGAGACCAGGAGAGAGGAGAUAAGGGUGGAGGUGAGGGAGGAGACCAGGAGAGAGGAGUUAAAGGAGGAGAUGAGGGAGGAGACCAGGAGAGAGGAGUUAAAGGAGGAGAUGAGGGAGGAGACCAGGAGAGAGGAGAUGAGGGAGGAGGUGAGGGAGGAGACCAGGAGAGAGGAGAUAAGGGAGGAGGUGAGGGAGGAGACCAGGAGAGAGGAGAUGAGGGAGGAGGUGAGGGAGGAGACCAGGAGAGAGGAGAUAAAGGAGGAGAUGAGGGAGGAGACCAGGAGAGAGGAGAUGAGGGAGGAGGUGAGGGAGGAGACCAGGAGAGAGGAGAUAAAGGAGGAAAUGAGGAAAGAGGAGACCAGCAGAGACGAGAUGAGGGAGGAGACCAGGAGAGAGGGGAUAAAGGAGGAGACCAGGAGAGACGAGAUGAGGGAGGAGACCAGGGGAGAGGAGUUAAAGGAGGAGAUGAGGGAGGAGACCAGGAGAGAGGAGAUAAGGGAGGAGAUGAGGGAGGAGACCAGGAGAGAGGAGAUAAAGGAGGAGAUGAGGGAGGAGACCAGGAGAGAGGAGAUAAGGGAGGAGGUGAGGGAGGCGACCAGAAGAGAGGAGAUAAAGGAGGAGAUGAGGAAAGAGGAGACCAGCAGAGACGAGAUGAGGGAGGAGACCAGGAAAGAGGAGAUGAGGGAGGAGACCAGGAAAGAGGCGAUAAAGGAGGUGACCAGGAGAGAAGAGGCGAUAAAGGAGGUGAUGAGGAGAGAGGAGACCAGGAAAGAGAAGACCAGAAGAGAGGAGACCAGGAGAGUCGAGACAAGGGAGGAGAUGAGGAGAGAGGGCAGAAGGAAAGAGUUGAUGUGAGAGAAGAAGUUUCCGAUAUUGAGGUGGGAGAAUGGCUACUUACGAAGGACAGAAGAGGGAAGGAGAUAGGAGACAAAGAAGAAGAAGCUAUGGAGAUUGGAAAGAAAGGAACUGGAGAGGAAAUAGAACAGGAGGAGGGAGUAGAGGAGACACAGGAGGAGGGAGGAGAGGAGGUGUGUGCGGAGGAGCAGAGGAGGAAGAGGCUGAAGCUCUUUGGCGUGUGGAGAACAGAGUCAGAGUCAGAAGUGAAAGCUCCGGUUCCAGAUCCAAACUUCAGUCGCAGAUGCAGCCUGCAGCUGAGCCAAAGCAAAUAUAAGGAGGACUUUGAGAAGAUGAAGGGACAGAGCCAGUUUGUGCCCGAGGUAGAGCUGCUGCUCUCACACCAGCUGCGUCCCAUUGUCUCCCAGAGUCAGUACAAAGCUGAUGGGCUUAAGGAGGCCGCCAUUUCGCUCUACUCUGUUCUACCAGAAACACCAGAGAUGCUAAGAGCCAGGGACGCUUCCCAGCUGCAAAGCCAGGUGAACUACAGAAGCAGACGAGACAGCUCCUCUUCUCUGUUCAGUCUUCUGCCUCAAACCGCAGAGACUCAAUUCCACAAGGAUCUGCAGGAGCUCAUCAGCGAGAAUAAGUACUAUGAGGAAGGCCGGAAGGAGCGACGCAUGUCUCUGUUCAGUCUGCUGCCAGAGACCGGAGAGACCCAACACGCAAAGAGCCUGAUGCCCUUCCAGAGCCAGGUGCUCUACAGUGAGGACAGUCGGAGGAGAGCGUCAGUGUCUCUGUACUCUCGUCUGCCAGACACUCCGGAGAUCCAGCGCGCUCUAGAGCUCACCCAGCUGCAGAGUCAGGCAAACUAUCGACCAAAGCUGCUGGUGAGAGGAGCGCCCUCGUCUCUGUACUCUCAGCUCCCAGACACUCUGGACCUACAGUUCUCCAGAGACAUGAGUCAGAUCCACAGCCAGAGUAAAUACGUGGAGCAGAGCAGAAGGAGACAGUCCCAGACCCUGUUCCACCAGCUCCCACAGACCCUGCAGACCCUGCACGCCCGGGCCGUGGGCCAGCUGCAGAGCCAGACUCAGUAUAGACACACUGCUCCACGCUCAAGUCUGUUUUCCGUUCUGCCGCAUACUCUGGACACGGCUCAUGCCAAACUGGCCUCAGAACUCAUCAGCCAGGUGCAAUACAAAAAGGAGGCUCUCUCUGAGAUGAGGCUGAAUCUAUUCUCUCUGCUGCCACGCACACAACAAAACAACACCUCCUGUGGGCAGAGCCAGGGUCUCUUUGGGUCAAAGCUCCAUGAGACGCUCUUCCACCGUUUACCACAGACGCUAGACACGCUCCACGCAGCACACGCCUCGCAGCUGCUCAGCAAGCGUGUGUACCAGGCGGCGCUAAGGGAGGCUCUGGUUCGACCUGUUUAUCACAAGCUGCAGGAGACUCUGGAAACACAACAGGCGAGAGACAACACACACCUGUGCAGCGAGGUGAGGUAUCGGGAGGAUGGGAGGAGGGUCCAAACCCAGAGCUUCUACUCUCAGCUCCCUCAGACCUCCGACACAGAGUUCCACCAGAGGAUCUCCAGGCUGCAGAGCCAGGCGGAAUACAGGAAGCGAACGCGACACCAGGGCCCAGCGCUGUUUUGCUCUCUGCCUCAGACUCUGGACACACUGAAGGCCAAACACAUGGGCACCAUCCAGAGCCAGGUGCAGUACCGCCAGCAGCCUCCAAGGGCGUUGUUCUGCUCUCUGCCCCAGACAAUGGACACAGAGAGGGUCAGAGCUCUAAGUCAGCUGGUCAGCCAGGUGAAAUACAAACAGGAGCUCGGGAGUCAGCCGCUGUUCCACCUGCUCCCUCACACUCUGGACACACACUUCGCACAGUGUAUGUCUGAGCUCCAGAGUCAGGUCUCAUACAAACGUGAUCUCGAGGAUCAGACCCACAGUCUGUUCUCCAUUCUGCCCCAGACUUUGACCACACAGUUUGUGAAGGACAUGGAACUGACACACAACCAGCUGAAAUAUCGACUGGAGGCAAAGCAGAAGCUGCAGGAUUCUCUGUUUAAAACACUUCCCCAAACUCUGGAGACAGAACAUGCCAAAGAGAGAGCGAGACUGUUCAGUGAGAGGCAGUACCGUCACCAGGGUCUGAAGUGUCUCCGCUCCAGUCUGUUUCAUCUUCUACCUCAGACCCCAGAAACCAGGUUCAACCGAGACUUGAACCAAGUCCUGAGCCAGGUGAAAUACAGACAGCGGCCUGAGAAGUGUCUCUACUCUGAGCUCCCACAAACCAACGAGAUACAGAGAGCAAAAGCUGUGGGUGAUCUCAUCAGUCAGGUGAAGUAUAGACAGAAUUCUCCAAAGUUCUCGUCAAGUUUGUUUUCAAAGCUUCCCCAGACUCCAGAGACGAUCCAUGCUAGAAAUCUAUCUGAGAUCCACAGCAAGGUGAAGUACAAACAGGACUCCAGCAAAAGUCUUUUUCAUCAGCUCAGAGAAACUCCCCAGACUCAGCUGUCCAGAGCUCUGCAGGAUUUAUACAGUCAGGUGAAGUACCAGCAGGAGGUCCGCAGCUCUUUGUCUCAGAACCUGUUCUCUACAAUGCCCCAGACCCCAGAGACUCUCCAGGCCCAGAUCCAGUCCCAGCUGCAGAGCCAAGUCUCAUACAAACGUGAUCUCGAGGAUCAGACCCACAGUCUGUUCUCCAUUCUGCCCCAGACUCUGACCACACAGUUUGUGAAGGACAUGGAACUGACACACAACCAGGUGAAGUACGCAGCGUCCAUGAAGCAGGACUCGGCUGCUCCUCUGUUCCACUCAAUGCCACAAACUCUAGAGACGGAGAGAGUGAAGGAGGUGACCGCUCUACAGAGCCAGCUGAAGUACUCUGAGGGGAGGAAGGCGCUCGACCGACCCUUAUACUCUCAGCUGCCUCACACUGCAGACACACAGAGGGCUGCCAAGAUGGCCGACCUCAGCCAGGUGAAGUAUCGUCAUGAGGGAGUGAAGCAUCUGUCCCACAGUCUGUAUGCACAGCUGCAGGAGACCACAGACACCGCCCUGGCCAAGAGUGUGACCCAACUGACCAGCAAGAGUAAAUACACAGAGGAUAGUCGAAAGCAGGCGUCUGUCCCGCUGUUCCACCAUUUGCCCUUCACACCAGAGAUCCAGCAUGCAAAGGAAGUAACGAGACUGCAGAGUCAGGUGAAGUACAGGGAGGGGCAGGAGCACAGCUCCCUCUACAGUCAGCUCGCAGACUCACAGGAGACCAGCUUUGCAGCCGCUGUGAGCCGACUUCAGAGUCAGGUCGUGUACCGACAGAAGGGGAAAGCCGACCUCCGCAGCUCCAUGUUCCACCUCCUUCCUGAGACCAGAGACACAACCUUCAGCAGAUACCUGUCUGAGCUAUACAGCCAGGUCUCAUACAAACGUGAUCUUGAGGAUCAGACCCAUAGUCUCUUCUCCGUUCUGCCGCAGACUCUGACCACUGAGUUCGUGAAGGAAGUGUCGGAGGCUCUCUCCCAGAACAAGUACAAAGCCUCAGGGAAGAAGGAUCUGGAGAAAAGUCUGUUCUCAGUUCUACCAGAAACAAAAGACACACAACACGCAAAAGAGGCAACACAACUGUGCAGCCAGUGGUCGUACUCUGAGGGGAGCAGGAAGGAAGCGGUCUGCAGUCUGUACGCUCUCAUGCCUCAGACCAUUGAGACCGUGUUCGCCAAACAGGUCUCCAGAGUUCAGAGCGAGAAGUUCUACAAAGAACAGUAUAACCGAGAGAAAGGACGCAGCAGCUUCAGCCGACUGAAGAGUCUGCCCCAAGUGGAGCACGCCAUGGAGGUGUCCAAGAACCAGAGUCAGGUGAACUAUUCAAAGCAGAACUUUGAGCAGAUGCAUCAGUUCCGCUCGUCGUCAGAUCGCCCCGACAUCAUCACCGCCUCUAACGCGUCCAAACUGGCCAGCGAUGCGGCCUACAAGAGCAGCUCGAAAGCCCCAGUCCUCAGUGACAGCUCUCUUCUCUCUCGCACAGACAUCCAGCACGCUCAGCAGGCCUCCUCCCUCUUCAGCGAGGUGAAGUACAAAGAACAGGCUCAGAAACAGAGGAGCGCGUACAACCCUCUGGACUGUGUGUCCUUCAAGCAUAUGCAGGCCGCAGCCGCCCUGGCAUCACAGGUCAAAUAUAAGUCGUGUCAGAAUGAGUCUGUGAGCGACAUCCCCAACCUCCUGCAUCUGCAACACACUCUACAGGUGUCCAGACUCCAGAGCUCUGUUAACUACAGACGACAGUACGAACAGAACAAAGGCCAGUUCCACUCUGCUCUGGACACAGCUGAACAGCGCCACCACAGGGACAACGCGGUACUGCACUCACAGGUGAAAUAUAAAGAGGAGUAUGAAAAGAACAGAGGACGCUCUCAGAUGGAGUUUUCCAACACUGAGGCCUACAAAGUCUCCAGAGAGGCCCAGAAGAUGACCAGCCAGAGAGAAUACCAGAAGGACUUCUUGGAGCAGAUGAAAAUGAAGCCGCUGAUAGAAGUGGAUCAGACUCCGGCUUUUAAAGUAGCUCGUCUGGCAGCUUCCAUCCUCAGCGAGAAGGAGUACAAGAAGGACCUGGAGGAGCUGAAGGGGAAGGGCCUCUCUGGAGGUGGGUUAGAGGAGACCCCAGACCUGCUGAGAGCCAAGAACGCCACAAGUAUACUCAGUGAGAAGGAGUACAGGAAGGGUCUGGAGGAGGUGAGGGGGAAGGGCCUGUCUGGAGCUGGGUUAGAGGAGACUCUGGACCUGCUGAGAGCCAAGAACGCCACCAAUAUACUCAGCGAGAAGUCGUAUAAACAGACGAACCUCGGAGAAAACUCCUACGGCUCCGUCACCGACACUCCUGAACUUCUGCACGCCUCCUACGUCAAGGACAUCUACAGCCAGAGAGCGUACAGCGACGCUGCGCAGCGACAGAGGAGCAGCUACAGUCUGGUCUGUGACUCUCCAGAACUGGAACGACUUCGUUACUCAUGGGACUCCAAGUUGAUGCGUGGGCUCAUGUCUUCAGUCGCUGAGACUCCAGAGACCGUCCUGGCCCGGGACAACACCCACAAGUACAGCCAGGUUCAGUACAGAGACGUGGUCGGACAAGGGACCGCUGUGACGGAUACUCCAGAAAUGCAACGAGUCCGAAGGAACCAGGAGAACAUAAGCAACGUGAAGUACCGCAGUGGGCUGCAGGAGCUGAAGGGGCGGAGCCUAUCUCACCUGGACACACCUGAGUACAGACGAGUGCGGCGCAGCCAGGAUGCCGUCUCCAUGGCCAAGUACCACGAGGACUUCGACCGAUCCCGCGGUAGAGGGUCUGCGCUGGGAUUGGAUGAGCCAGGGAUGGAGCGGUACCACAGAGCCAAUCAGAUGAUUGGGGGAGCGGGCUUUAGUCGAGGGACACACCCCCAGAACACCGACACGGACAGACGGCCUGGAGGCGUCAUCAUGGCUCCUGUCCUUCCUGUGGCCUACCAGCAGGUGGCAGCACAACAGCAGCACAGCUACAUGCGUCAGACCAGCCUCUCCUCUGUGAGAUCUGUGACCUCUCCCCCUGGAUUGAACCAGUGUGUGUACAGAGCUCUGUACGAUUACUCGGCUCAGGAUCAUGAUGAGGUUUCGUUCAGAGACGGAGACUUGAUCUUAAACGCUCAGCUCAUCGACCAGGGCUGGAUGUAUGGGACCGUACAGAGGACCGGCCAGUCCGGCAUGCUGCCCGCCAACUACGUCCAAAGCAACUGA